AUGCUCGGAGAAGGUCCACAUUCUACUGAAUCGGCGAUUGGACUUCACACUUAUAACAGUGCAGCUGAUUUGACAAGUGGACAUGUCAUUUCACUUGAUAAAAACGAGUUUCUUUUCGAUCUGAACACGAAAAACGCUUGCACUCGUCCACUUGACGUCUUCAUCAAACUUCUUUCAACUUCUAACGUCGCCAGAGAGUUCUCUCAUUUUGCCGCUGUUCCGUUGUCACGCCUUCGCACCGUUGAUGCCUUUUUUGACCAUCCGGAGCUCAAUAAACUAGGGGAAAUUCAAGUAUAUGAGCAGACACGUGUGAGAGCGAUUCAUAAAAAAGGCCACAACUACAUCAAUGCCAGUUGGAUUGAUGGAUUCCGUGAAAUUCGGAAAUACAUCGUCGCUCCUUCCCCAAUUUCUGAAACAAUUGCCCAGUUUUGGCGAUCGAUUUAUGACCGUAAUUCAGUUGUAGUCGUGACUCUUUCCAAAUUAAUUGAUGAGAAGGGAAAACCAUUUAUGCCGACGAAACAAGGAGAGCCAAUGACUUUUGAUGAUAUGACUAUCGAACUCGACAAUAUUCGAAAAGUUCGUCCGACCACGUAUUCUGCUGUUCUGAAACUUUCCAAACAUAGCAUUUCCACUGUCAAAACAAUAUGCUUGAUUGCUUAUAUGGGGUGGGGAACAGUCGGUUACCCUCAACGACCAUCGGAUAUUUUGGAUCUUGUUGCUGAUAUGAAUCAUAUGAGAACAAUUAUGAAGAAACAGGGUGUGGCUGAGAAGAGAUUUGAAGAGAGUCAGAGGCUAGACCCUAAUUUAAAAAAACAAACCUUUUAUUUUUGGAUUUACAGAACCCCAAUAACUCUUGUCUGCUUCGAUGGAUUUAGCAGAAGUUGCACGUUGGCUGCUCUCGAUAUUCUAUGUAGACGUCUAGAAGCAUCUCAUGCAAUCGGAACUCCACUCGUUGAUGUUCUGGAUACUAUUGCGAGACUUCGGAUGCUACGUGGAGCUGCUUGCAUGAAAGCUGAUCAAUUCGUCUUUUUGUCAAUGGCGGUUCUUGAAUACGCGAUCCGUCACCAUCUUAUCAAUGUGGAAGAUCUUGACAAAAUAUGUAUAGGGAUUGGAGGGAUGGGAAUGGGAAUGGGAAUGGGGUUGCCAAUGGGGAUGCCUAUGGGAAUGCCGAUGGGAAUGCCAAUGCACCAUCUCGUUGGAAAUCCGUUCGAUCAAAAUAUAGAAAUUGAAUAUUCUCCAAUCACUCAACUUGUUUCAUCGGUUGCUCACUUAUUCGAAAUGCAUCAGAAAAGCAAGGAAAGAGAAGAUGUUCAUGAAUCAUCGAACCAUCAUUCUUCACAUGGACCAAUGUUUCCAGAACUGUCACAAUUGCAGACAGAAAUGAGAGGAAGACCUGGAAUGGGCGGCCUUAAUCCAUCGGAGAUUUCCUCAAAUGGACCGAGAUUUAAUUUGAUACCAUAUACUCAUGGAAUUGGUCCAUCUGAAACUUCAUCUACUUCGAAACUCAUCAAUUCAAUACCACCUGAUAAUAUUCCAUCUGUGAUGUGGAGAAUAGGAGAUUUGAUAGGCAAACAAGGAGAUCCAAAAGAGAAAGAACACCUGUAUGAUAUGACAAAAAUAAAAGGAUUUCCUAUUAUUAAAAGCUCCGAAGGAAACGAGGUAAUGUAUCGAGAUGAAGGGAUGAAAAAUAAGACAAACAAAUCUUGGACAAUACUGGAACUUGCGAGAAAGAUGUUGGGAGUUGAUGAGAUACCAACAGCUCGAGAAGGAAAUGCAAUUGCACAAUUAUUGGAAGAACUUAGAAAGGAGAAAGAAACGAAAAAAGAAGUUUUGAAUGAAUAA